AUGGAGGUUCGUGAUGCCCCUGUACUGUUCACUUCAUUAUACCGCUCUGACUCUCAAGGGUUCCGCUCCCGCCGCUCUCACACAUCGUUACAACAUAUCUCUUUGGCACCCUUGAGUUCUCGGUUUCCUCUCGACGAUGAUACCGAGGAUGGGGGCUACUUUUCCUCCAUAAAUCAGGGUAGCGGCGGAGUAGGCCCUGAUCGCAAUACUUAUCAAUCUCACGCGAUAAGCAGCUCCUAUCUCUCAAGCAUCUCAGUGCCUGUAACUCCGUCGCUUUUGUCUCAGUCACGAAACGUGUCCCAGGCAAAUCUUACGAAGAGGAAGAAAACAUCUCAAGGAAUGCCGAUGAGUGAAUCACACUUAUAUGCCCUUGAUGUUGCAGGACCACUGCAUCAUCAGCAACCACGCCAUCACCAGCGAUCUAGAAGCUAUAACCCCCGAAGCAGAAAGAUGGGGGCCAGCGGGAUAUCCACACCGCGAAUCCAGGAUAAUGAAUGGUUACUGAGGACCGGUCUGGCACUGGCAUCAUCAACCCGUGAAGAAAAGGGUCAGUCAUGGUUGGUCAAGCGUGAAAGUUCGACCAGCCUUGUUUCACAUAAUGAGGAUGGACAGAAGAGCCAUAGCCGCGGCAGACGUGAAUUUCAAGGACGUCGGUCAGGAGUAUCAACCCCUCUUGCUAGGUCGAGGAGGGGCUCAAACUCUCAUGCGGGAAGCAAACGAUCCAGUCGAGUUGACCUUGCUAUGACACCAUCUUGCUCCACAGGACAACAUCUCCAUUCCGGCGCUGUAACCCCACGGUCUAGGGAUAUCCCUGGACUAGUUCCUGAUUUUUUGGACGAGUCAAUAAGAGAAGAAUUAGCCGCUUUGCAGACCCAUUCUCCUACGGACGAUAGCGCCGCAAGCCGUGGUGGAGCAGAACCCGACUCAAUGCCAGUGUCUUACCAGGAGUAUUAUAAUUAUGAUUUGGAUUCAGAUGAUGAUUCUGAAGAUGAAGCUGUUAGCGAAGCCGAAGUGCAUCGCCUUACUCGUGAACGUGGUUUUGGUUUAGGUUCAUGGAUAGAUAGGCUGGUUGAAUGGACUGUAUUUGGUCCUGAGGAUGAAUCAGUCCAACCACCUACCCUAGGUAAUUCGCACCGGCCAGGCCAGCGGACCACCUUCAGUACCGAAGGCAAUACACGGGCAGAGAUUGACUUAGACCCAAGGGAUCAGUUGGAAACUGUGUCUAACGCUGGGACCGACGUUAGUGAAGGCACAAAUCCUGACACGGAGAUUUUAUCAUCCGCGCUAGAGGUGGCCCCCGCACAAGGGGGAUGGACAAAUGAUUUGAGAUGGCUAUUACGCGCUGCUGGGAAUGCAGUGUUGUGA